AUGAAGACGUCGCUCGAAUGCGAGCGGUCUGACACCGCCGAGAACGGCGGGAAAGGCCGCAUAUCCUUUAGCGUAGACUCUUUAUUGGGGAGUAAAAAUGACGCGCCGAGAGACACUCCGGAGCCGAGUAACGAUAGUGUGAUAGACACUGAUGAUAGUGAUGUGGAUAUUGAAGAUGUCGAGUCGAAUGUGGGAGAUGAGCGGGACGAGAGAGAGAGUAAUCAAGAUGGAGAGGAAGUGGAAAGGACGGGCGUUGUGGUGCCGCAGCCGCUACUACCUAGGCUGUAUCAGGGUCCUACUCCGCACGCCUGGCCCUUCGGAGCCUUUCCGUGGAUGGCACCAAACCCUAUGUUUAGAGGGGGCUCACCUAACAGUAAGUUUAAUUAUCUAUAG